UUGGUGCGUGGUAAUUUGAGAAGGUGUAAGCAUUGCGAUGCAAUUGUUUGAUAAUAAUGAGGAUGAAUGCCCAUGGUAUUUCUUUGACAGUUCAUACAAGACCCUUCUGGGAGCUUGUCUUAUUAUUUUUGGUGUAUUCGGGGUGCUGGUUAACGCCUGGCUUUACGUUACAUUCAUCCACAGUCACCUAGUAGCAUUUAAGAGCCACGUUCUGGUACUUAAUCUUUGCUCAGCAUCGCUCGGCAGGAAUUUACUUGGAUUUCCAUUUGCGGGGUCAUCUGCAUUAGCAAAGGGAUGGCUGUUUGGCCCAGCAUGUUGCCAACUAUUCGCAUUCCUUAAUCAGUUCUUUGGAGUCUUCCAAAUGAUUGCUUUAUUCGCAAUGGUACUGGAAAGAUAUUUGCUCGCAAAAUAUUAUAAGCGAGAAAGAACUUUAUACUUUAGGUACUACUGGACGUUGAUCGGCGUAUGUUGGACGGUGGCCCUUGUGUUUGCUACCCCGCCUCUGUUCGGGUACGGCACGUAUGCGUGUGACGCAUCUGGAACCGUGUGCACUUUUAUGUGGCCUUCGUUGAGGUCUGGUGCAAGGGAUUUGGGAUACAGUGUACCCUACGUUAUUGUUUGUGGAGUUAUACCUACUGUUGGGAUAUUCUUCUUCAUGGGCAAAGCAAUUCGACUGGAAACGAUAUAUUACCGGAACGAACAACAAAGGGAAGAAAAACGCUUGACAAAGUGCGUCCACGCAGUCUGCGUGACAACAUUGGCGCUAUGGAUACCCGCAGCGUUACUGGCGGGCUGGCAGUGGUUUCCACUGUUGCUGUAUGGUUACCGACCCCACGUGCCACAAGUACUGGCUCUCUUCGCACCUAUAGCUGCUGAGGCAGCGACUAGUGUUCCAGUGCUAUGUUAUCUUAGCGGCGAUCAGAGAAUACGAGCAGCAUUACUGGGCCGGAUGAAAAAAAACUACGGACUCUUAGAUCCUGAACAAGCUAGGUUAUUUAGAAGAAGUCCAUAUUAAGUAUAGACAUGAAAACAGAACGUGGAAGUAUCUGAACAGCCUUUGAGAGGCGGGAGAUAAAUGAUACAUCCAGUCGGCUUUCCAGAAAAACGAAGUUCUGGUCGACUCACGAAAGGGCAGUGUUUUACUACAGUUACGAAUUCAG